AUGGCGGCCGCAACACUCUCCUCCUUGUACUACAUCGACGAGCAGGGGAUGAGCUUCAAUGUCACCUACACCCUCCGUGCGUCGAGGGUGGAGAGGAGGAUACGCGAAGUGAAGGAGAAGUUCCUUGAUGCCACACCGAUCAAGUUUGUUGGGCUAGACUGCGAGUUCACCAACGCGGUGAAGAAUACUACGCAGGCUGAUCUUCCAUUCGAGAAGAGGCGGCGUGCCACCGUCCUACAACUCUCCGUCGCACAAGAGACACUGGUCUUCCAGAUUUUCCACGGCGACGUUGUUCCGGAGGCCCUACGUGAGUUCCUUAAUGACGAUUCAAUCGUCUUCCGUGGUUCUGAUAUCGGCAAUGAUAUCGACAAGCUGGAUUACUAUGGCAUCGACAUUCCGGCAGCGAUCGACCUCUUGCAGGAGAUCCAAAACCCGACUGCCAAGCCGCUAGCUUCUCUGUACAAUAUGACCAAUGCUUACAUUGGGACAAACCUACCGAAGAAGGAUCCAAAGAUAUCAGCCCUAAGAUGGGACGGAUUUUUUUUGAAAUGCGGAAAAAUCACCCCAGCUUCUGCGUCCAAGGGAUGCACACGCCUUUUUUUAUUAGAUUAUUCAUAA